UCCAACAGUAACAGCAAAAGUCUCUGAGUAAGAAAGAGCUAUAUGCUGCUGUGACACACUAAAUAGUUCCUCUCCUGCCAGUAACUUAAUAUGAGACAUGAUGAUGCAGUUGCUUUCAGGCCUGUCAUGGUAUUGACAGAAAGUUCCACAGACAAAGAUGAUGUUUUGAUGAAGGUGAAAUGAACAAAAUAGAUCUGAUAAGAGUGUUGAUAUUUUCAGUUAACCUGACAGUUUAAGCAGCAAGCAUUACAAGCUUUUAAAUGAACAAAUGGUUCCCUGUGACAACAGUGUACCAAGAAAAAAGGAGACAAACAAGUGAACAAGCUUGAAGUUUCAUGUGGGAACAUCUCUACUAGUUAAAAACCAUAAUGUAUAGUAGUUCACAGUCAGUCGGCCAUGCUGAGGCUAGUCCACUGCAUUCCCCCCAUCUCCAUUCUUCUCCCAGAAUGGGCCACCGUCGGGUAAAUGCUGGCAGAAGAGGUAGCGAGUGUGGAAGUGGCAGAAAGACCCUUUCUAUGGAGAACAUCCAGUCCCUUAAUGCUGCCUAUGCAGCCUCUGGCCCUGUCUACGUGAGUGAUCAUGAGGCUCUUGCCUCCACUGCCUACCCGAAAGGCACUAUGACAUUGGGCCGCAACACAAGCCGUGGAAAGACUGCCAUCCUGGGCAGUAGCCCCAACAUCAGCUCAUCCUUGGGGCAUCUUCAUUUAGAUUCAGUAGCAUAUGGAGAUCAUGGAGCCGUGCACCUACUCCCACAGCACCAGUGGCCUUCUUCACCACUGUUGAGACAAGCUGUGCGAGGUGUGGCCAGAAGAGAAGGAAAUCCCCUGAUAGAGCACCUAAGGGAAUUGCAAAUGGAUAACACCAUGUUCCGGAGAGAGCUAGACAUGAGAGACAGCACUCUUGGUUCUUCGGUCAGCAGUAUCAAAACCUUCUGGAGUCCUGAAUUAAAGAAGAAACGAGGGAUGAGAAAAGAGAGUGUGGCAAAGACAUCCAUGGGGAAGGAGCAGAUGAGUGUAAUGAAGGACAAGAACCAGCAACUCCAGAUGACCAUCCAGGCUUUACAGGAGGAACUCUAUACCCAAAGAGACUUGAAUGAGCUCCUACAGCAAGAGAACAGCGCAAGCUCAUUAGGUUCACCCACUGACCGUUUCCCUUACCUGGAGCUCACCGAAGACAACUUCCAUUAUCUCCAGGCUGAGCAUGAGCAGCAAACCAAGGAGCUUUUCCUUUUUAGGAAAACUGUGGAGGAAAUGGAGCAGCGCAUGAAAAAACAGAAGCAGGCACUGAGUACCCGGGACGAAUCUAUCAAAAAGUUGCUGGAGAUGCUUCAGGAAAAGGGUCUCGCCAGGUCUGGGCUGCCUGAUGAAGAGGGAUUGAGGGUCUGCCGUGCUGAGGACACGCUGGGUCAUCCGGGGGACAUUCUAGAGCAGAAAGAGAAGGAAAACAAACACCUGAGAGAUGAGCUUCAUAGGAGAAACCAACAGACAGAUCUACCCAAGAGCAAAGCCUUACACAGUGUCAUUGACAUGAAGGACACCAAAAUUUCCUCACUGGAGCGGAACAUCCGUGAGCUGGAAGAUGAGAUCCAGAUGCUGAAGACCAACAGUCUCCUGAACACGGACAACAAAGAUGGGAGGCUCAAGCAGAUUGACGUUUACAAGAACCACUCCAAGUUCAUGAAGAGCAAGAUUGAUCAGCUGAAGCAGGACUUAUCAAGAAAAGAGUCAGAGAUGUUGGCCCUGCAGACUCAACUGGAAACUUUGACCAAUCAGAAUUCAGACUGUAAGCAGCACAUUGAAGUCCUGAAGGAGUCCCUUUCGGCAAAGGAGCAAAGAGCGAAUAUCAUGCAGACGGAGGUUGAUGCUCUGAGGCUGCGUCUUGAGGAAAAAGAGUCCUUCCUGAAUAAAAAGAGCAAGCAGCUUCAGGAUAUAACAGACGAGAAAGGCACUCUGACUGGGGAAAUACAUGACUUAAAGGACAUGCUGGAGGUGAAAGAGCGCAAGAUCAUUGUGCUGCAGAAGAAGAUUGAAAACCUACAGGACCAGUUGAAGGAUAAGGAUAAGCAGUUGGGAUGUUUGAGGGACAGAGUGAAGUCUCUACAGACGGACUCCAGUAACACAGACACAGCCCUUGCUACUCUUGAGGAAGCCCUCUCUGAGAAGGAGAGGGUGAUAGAGCAGCUUAGGGAGAAGAGAGAGAAAGAGGAGUGGGAGAAGCAGGGGGAAAUGGAAGUCUGUAAGAAGGAGAACAAGGAGCUGAAGGACAAGAUUGCUUCCUUGCAGACACAGCUCUUGGAGAAAGAGAAUCUGCUGCAAGGGAAGUCAUUGGCCCUUGAAAGAGAAGAGUCAUCAAAGAUGAAUUCAGAGAUUUCAGAGCGAUUAAAAGUCCUGGAAAAAGAGGUGACCUUCCAUAAAGAGGAAUGUGGAAAAUCUAAGGCAGAGGUGGACCGACUUCUGGGAGUUCUUAGAGAGUUGGAGUCACAGUGCACCGAAAAGGACAAGGCAAUCUCUGAGCUAGAGAGGCAAGUGAAGGAACGGAGUAAUAAAAACCUGUCAAGUGUAAAAACCACCCAGAUGGGAGAAACAAGACCCCCUGAUGCAGCACCAGAGGCUCGUAUUACCCAAGAUUCAGUGCAAGAGACGGCUGAGAAAAUCAAAGAGCUGGAGAAAGCUCUGCGAGAAAGCAUGAACACCUCUACUCUUAGAGAGGCUGUGUGGGUUCAGGAGGAGCAAGCACACGCUCUAGCACAGAGACAGCUAGAAGAACUGAUGGCUGCUCUGGAGAAGACAAGACAGGAGCUGGAUAUGACUAAGCAGCAGCUGUCCUCCACGCAAAAUUCUCUUGCUGAGAGAGAAAGUCACCUGAGCAGCAUGAGACAAGAGCGUCGAAAACAACUGGAGGAAAUUCUAGAAAUGAAGCAACAGGCUCUGUUGGCAGCCAUCAGCGAAAAGGAUGCUAACAUAGCCCUACUAGAACUUUCUGCUCCCAAAACGAAGACAAGCCAAGAGGAAGUGAUGGCCUUGAAAAGAGAAAAGGACAGGCUCAUGUACCAGCUCAAGCAACAGACCCAAAGUAGGAUGAAGCUCAUUGCUGAGAACUAUGAAGAUGGUCACUUUUAUCCCCAUCAUCCUCAUCAUCCACACCACGCUCACCCCGGACACACUCACUAUCGUAGACCGUCAAGAGGACUGUCCACUCACAGCAAUUCUCAACCUGAGCAACCUGAGCAACCUGAGCAGGAUGAUGAAGAGGGCAUCUGGGCAUGAUUUUCGGUCUGGCCUGGCCUGCUGCUCCUGUUCUGUUCAAAAGGGAAGUCCAAUGCUGAAGCUUUAUCUAUCACUGCACUGUCUCAUCCUUAUCUCUGUGAGGAGGGUCUCAUCUUUAACCCGGGCGGAAGGGGAGGGGACGGGGAGAAAGAAAAUAAAGAGGAGAGGAGUAAAAGAUCAGAUUUCCAGCUCUCUGUUUAGAAGGAAGUGGGCAGAAAACUAAUCGCUGACAGCUGCUGCUCUUCUCAUCAGCUGCUCCUCUUCUGCUUCCUCUCUGAAGCUCCUCAUCACCAUUUGUACCAUAAUUGGACCCUGUCAGCACCAUCAUCGCAAUUUACUCCAUAUACACUCCAUACACACUCCACAUACAUGAUGACACGACCACAAAACUUCAGUUCAUCCAUAUGCAUCCAUAACACUCCCACUGCACUACUAUCAUUAGUUAUUGCUUCAUUGUUGGUGUUGUGAGUAUUAUUAAAUAUAGCAAUCUAAAUGUGAUCAUAGUCAUUUACAUUUGAAAUGGUCUUGUUGUCCUUUUAGCCUGCCUUAUAGGAUUUCGAAAAGAAAAUUUGAAAAUCAGCUUAUUAUUUUUCUUAUUAAAUGUUAUUUGAUGUCUAAUACAGAAUUCUGUUUCUCUACAAUGUUCCAUAGAAGCACUUGUUGAUGAUAGCAUGCUUAUCCAAGAUUCACAUCACUAUUUUCUUUGAAGUCUCUGUAAUAACGACAAAGUGGUGAUUCACCUAGUGAUUCAUGGUGACGUAACAAACAGCAGCAAAGUUUCAUGGGUCAAAUGUUCUCUCAUCUUUUGCCUGCUUCGCUAAAUCAGGAUGAAGUGUUGAACCUUGAGGAAAAUAUCUUCCUCAUUUUCAACGGACUGAAAAGCACUCCUAGACAUUUGUAAUAACAUGUCACAUCCAUCACAUUUUUAUUAAGAUGUUAGUCUUCACCUGUGUGUUUUCCUUUGACAGUUAUAUGUUGUGUGCUUUUUGGGGACCUGUCAAAGGAAAUAGUACUAUAACUGCUUCGUAAUGAGGGGAAGGGCUUACUAAAUCACUGACCAGACCCUUAAACUUUGACCUGUGGCCGUAAUGUCCUUAACGGUCUCUACCUGAAGCCAAAACUAGUGAAGAAGGAAGGAAAUUGUAAAUAGGUUGUUUCAUUUUUACACAAAAUGUGCCAAUAGUAACUUAGUAUGAUUAAUUCUAUGGAUUCAUGAACAAACAGGAGGCCGCCCUAGCUAAAAAGGUAUGUAUAUGAUUAUAAAUGCCUUGUAUGAUUUAUUGAACAUUAUGUUAAAUUGAAGGUUAUGUACUGUAUGUAUCUGUGGUUCUUGGAAAUUGUGGAGUAUUGCCAUUUACACAAGGCUACCAAUAGCAAGGUUGACCCUACCAUCACCAGUGCUAAGCUAGGUGUGGGGAGGGGGGGCUUCUGGCCCACCCAAAAAAGCACAUUUAUAGCUAGGGGUUUUAACCGCGGUCUUGUUAACAUUCUUCACAAAACCCAGUUCUAUCUUGCUAGGAGCUAGCGCUUUAAGAAGCUGCAGUGAGUGACGCUGGCUAGUUCAAUAAAGAGUUUAUUUUCUCUGAAACAGAUGCCACACUGUGCCUUUUCCCCCUGACACUUGUACAAUUUAAUCAGAGGAUAUAAUAGCGUGAAAUGUAUUUCAGUUUGUCUGGAAUGUACUGGAAUGUACUGUCGGAGUGCAGAUCAGACUCAUCCGAAAGUCAAAAUACAGAACUGCAGGUCAGUGAGGAACAAAGUUGAAACAAAGUCAUGUUCUAAAAAACAUUUAACAAAAUAAUGGCUGUGUGUACAUGUUAUCUUUAAUCACAGGAAUUAGGGUAGGCCUGGUUUCAUUUUUAUCAGCUGAAAUCUGAAGGCUUUUCCUGUAGUUUGGUGCGUGAAUGAAAUGAUUUAAUAAAAAUCUGAUGUGGCAGUGAGCACUUUUGGUUAUUUGUUCUGUUUAAAUUCUCACUUAAAUAAAAUUAUUUAAAAUGUUA